UUUUUAAUAAACCUUAAUUAAUAAUUAUUGAUUUAAUUCUAUUGAAUAUUAAUAAUUAAUUUGAAUUCGUAAUUGUGGUGGUUAGAAAAAAUAAUUUAGAAACAUAAGUGACAUGCCAUUGUUGUUCCAUAAUUAAUAGAAAUGAAACAAAUAAAAUAUGUCACUGUAUUUAUUUUAUUCUUAAUUGGCGAUUACUGUGAAGGAUCCUUGGAUUUUUUCCUUAAAAGUGACAAUAAUGACGCCGAUUUAAAUACAGCUGAAUUAAUAAAAAAAGCAGGAUAUCCAGCUGAGGCACAUGUUGUUAUUACAGAAGAUGGAUAUUUAUUAACAAUUCACAGAAUUCCAGCUCCUGUGGGUUCAACUCCUGUAUUUCUUCAGCAUGGACUUCUUGGAAGUUCCGCUGAUUGGGUUGUCACUGGAAAAGGCAAAUCUUUGGCAUUUAUUCUCGCUGAUCUAGGAUAUGAUAUUUGGUUGGGAAAUUUUCGUGGAAACACUUAUUCUAGAUCGCAUACUUCAAUUCCAACAUCAGAUUCAAGAUUUUGGAAUUUCAGUUUUCACGAAAUGGGAAUGAGAGAUUUGCCAGCAAUGAUUAAUUAUGUAACGGAUUAUAAAAAAGAUAGUUUAAUUUACAUUGGUCAUUCGAUGGGUACCACUACAUUUUACGUGAUGUCAAGUGAAAAACCUGAAAUGGCUUCAAAAAUUCGUAUUAUGUUUAGCCUCGCUCCAGUCGCUUUUAUGAAUCAUUUAAAAAGUCCAAUUAGAAUUUUCGCACCAUUUGCCAAUAAUAUUAAGUUGAUAGCUCACUUUUUUGGUGCCGACGAAUUUCUUCCACAAAAUGGAAUUUUGAAAUUUCUCGCUAAAUUUGGCUGCGAAAUUGACACACUGGAAGAGAAAAUUUGUACAAAUUCUUUAUUUGCAUUCUCUGGCUUUGAUGAAAGUCAAUUUAAUAUUACUCUACUACCAGUAAUUUUGGGUCACACUCCAGCGGGAACAUCAACGAAAACAUUAAUUCAUUACGCUCAAGAAAUAAAUUCCGGCAAAUUUCAACAAUAUGAUUACGAAUCGAGAAAUAGGGAAAUUUAUAAUAAUACCAAACCUCCGGAAUAUGAUUUAUCAAAAAUUCAAAUUCCUGUAGUUAUUUUCUACGCUGAUAAUGAUUGGCUUGCGAGUAAAACGGAUGUACAAAGACUGAAUCAACAAUUGCCAAAGGUAUUGGGAAAAUUUGAAAUAAAUUAUCCAAAAUUCAAUCAUUUAGAUUUUCUCUGGGCAAUUGAUGCUCCAAAACUUGUUUACGACAAAUUGAAGAGUAUUAUGGAUAAAUACAAAAAUUUCCGAAAGAAUAGAAAAUAUAAUCAGGUAAAUUUGAUAUCGCAAUAUUUCGAUUAAGCCAAAAUUCAAUUCUGCCAAAUAAAUUAAAUGAAAAAAUAAAAAUAAAUAAGAUUCUCAUGAAUCAUAAAAUAAGAGUAAAAUGCCAAAAACUAUUCUGUGGUUUUGAAUUUCUUUUUUUUU